AUGGCGUCCGGAAAAUCCGAACCACCGCGCCCCACCAACUACCCCUACUACGAUCCCCUUCCUUCUACUCCUCAACCAGCUCAAUACUACGUCGUUUUACCCUUCUACUCUCCCUCCGGCCACCGCAGAUGUGCUCGAUUAUGCCGUCGAUACGUCUCUUACGCCGUCGCCGUCCUCCUCCUCGCCGGCGCUCUAUACUUUCUCUGGCCAUCUGAUCCUUACCUCAAAGUCAUCAACCUCCGUGUCGAUCGCCUGAAAAUUCAUGCGACACCUAAGAUCUCUAUUGAUAUUACAUUAGGUGUGACAAUUAAGGUUCGUAAUCCUGACGUUUACUCUCUCGAUUUUCGAUCUCUCAAUGUGUCGGUCGGAUAUAGGGGAGAAGAGCUAGGGUUUGUUACAUCGGAUGAUGGAAAGGUGAAAGCAUUUGGUACAUCGAACAUCGAUGCUACGGUUGUUCUAGAUGGAGCUGAAGUUGUCAAGGAGGCGAUUUUUUUGAUUGAAGACCUGGUGAAAGGUUCGAUUCCGUUUACUACGACAUCGGAGAUUCGCGGCAGUCUUGGAAUUCUGUUCUUUAAUUUUCCUAUCAAGGCCAAGUUAUCAUGUGAUGUCCUUAUGAACACACACAAUCAAACAAUUGAACGGCAAGAUUGUUAUCCUGCGUGAUGCAUUAUGGAUGAGAACGUAAAAGACUAUCGAGGAGGAAAAAGAUCAUGCUACAUUAUAUGCAACUGUUCGGGUAAAUGUUCCUUACGUUUGUCUCACGUAACUUUGUUUGUUCUCGGGUGAUUAUUUUAUCCGAUCUGCUUCAUAAAAUAACCCCAUUGUAAAUAUAACAUUGUACACUAUGGUUUGCAUCUAAUUGUUAUUGAUGUUAGGUUACGGAUUAGUGAGUCAAAA